UUUUGGAUCUCCCCCCUUUUUUUCUAGUUCUUCAUCAACAGAUCAAACCAGUCCAGCAAUUAUAUUCCCCCUCUCUACUACUACUGUUUUCUUUCCAUCCAGCCUUUACCUUUAUCUUGCGUCUCCUGUCAAAGACUCAAAAUGCUACUCCCAACAACCCUACCCUCCUUUCCAAGCAGCGGCAGUCUUGCGGUGAUCCUACUCGCCGCUACUCUCGGACAUGCGGCACCUGCACCUGCAUCUGCACCCGGCUCUGGCGCCGCAGGUCUCCUCCCCAGCGCCGACAUUCCCGGCGCCGUCGUCGCCGGACUCGGCUUCUCUUCAUCGUCACCUCAACACGACCAGGUCCAGGUCCAGAUCCCGUGGUCAUGGAACCUCGGCGCCGUGACCCGCUAUCCCAUCCACGCAUCCUGCAACGCGACUGAGCGACGCCAGCUCGAGUUCGCGCUCGACGAGGCCAUGGUUCUCGCGGGCCACGCGCGGGACCAUAUUCUCCGCCACGGCGCCAGUUCGCGAUUCUACACCAAGUAUUUCGGCAACGCAUCGACCGCGGAGCCGGCGGGGUGGUUCGACCGCGUAGUCAAUGCGGAUAAGGGCGGCAUAUGGUUUCGGUGCGAUGACAUUGAUGGGAAUUGUAAAGCUCAUGAAACCACCUGGGCCGGCCACUGGCGCGGCUCCAACGCCACCGACGAAACCGUCAUCUGUCCACUAUCAUACACCUCGCGGAGACCCCUCACGGGGAUAUGUGGCAACGGCUACACCGUGUCCCAGGCACCUAAUACUGCGUAUUUUGCGUCUGACCUGCUCCAUCGAAUCUACCACAUGCCGCGCAUCAGCGAAAAUGUAGUAGAUCACUAUGCGGAUACGUAUGAAGAGGUGCUUGAGCUGGCACAGACGAAGCCGCAGCUGGCGGUGCGGAAUAGUGCGACGCUCAGAUAUUUUGCGCUCGAUGUGUUUGCGUGGGAUGUAGCCCUGCCGCGGGAGGGAUGUUCAGGGGUUGGGGAAGUGGAUGGAGGUGAGGGGGAUCAUGGACAUGCUGGGCAUGCGGCUGCGACGACGACGACGGCAGCGGCAUCUACAGGGAGUGUGACGGCAGAGAAAACGACGGUGGUAGAAAAGACGACAGCGGUAGAGGCGACGGCAACGAUGACGACGAUGACAAGCUCAACAGUGACAAAAGAGACAAAAGAGGCAAAGACAGCGACGACGACUCAGAGUGCGGCGAAAGAGUGCCAUACGCAUGAUAACGGAGUCGUGCACUGUGCUUGAUACAUAAAAGUCUCGGAUACAAUGGACACGAGGAAAGAAGGAUGAAGUAGUAACCGGCCAUGGUAUGACAUGGCUUGAUGUACAGGGAAAAGGCCAAUAUCAGAAGUCUGAUUAUAUUGUAACGGGUAAUUGUAAUGUAACAGAUACGAUAAUUAGAUUACAAUUAUACCUAGCUACAAUUGUAAUUAUACAAUGGUAAUGACCACCUACUAUAAUGUCGCGCGACCAAUAUCACGACCUC